AUGUCAUCCACCAACAAACACACUCUGGAGCCUGAGGACACCCUCAACGGCGCAGGUCGAUACGACCCAAAUUUCACCUCCCACGUCAUCUCCGCCAUGGGACCCAAAACCGACCCCCGUCUCCGCAAAGUAAUGACCUCCCUAAUCCGCCACGUCCACGAUUUCGCCCGCGAAGUCGACCUGACCGUCGACGAAUGGAUGGCAGGCGUCGACAUGAUCAACCGCGCCGGCCAAAUGUCCAACAAUCGCCGCAAUGAAGGACAAUUGCUUUGCGAUGUCAUCGGUUUGGAAAGUCUGGUUGAUGAAAUCACUUUCAAGCAGGCUUCAGAGGCCAAAGAUGCGGUUACCCAAUCGGCGAUCUUGGGGCCAUUUUUCAGACAUGAUGCUCCGCUUAGACAAAUGGGGGAGACCAUUUCCUUCGACACGCCUGCUGAUGCUGAAGUCACUUAUAUGCAUGGAGUGGUCAUGGACGCAACCACCAAGCUUCCAGUGGAAAAUGCAGAAAUUGAUAUUUGGCAAGCGUCAACGAAUGGAUUGUACGAGCAACAGGAUGACAAACAACAAGAACACAAUCUCAGAGGAAAAUUCAGGACUGGCAAGGAUGGCGAGUAUGGGUUUUAUUGCAUCAGACCUACGCCUUAUCCUGUUCCUGAUGACGGCCCUGCUGGGGAGUUGUUGGGUAUGUUGGAUAGACAUCCUUUCAGACCUGCGCAUAUUCAUUUGAUUGUUAUCAAGCAAGGAUAUAAACCCAUCACCACUCAAAUCUUCGAUGCCGAUUCAAAGUACUUGGACAAUGAUUCGGUGUUUGCGGUCAAGGAUUCUUUGGUCGUCAAAUUCGAAGAGAGGCAAGGUGAUGAGAAAGCAAAGUUGGAGCUGAAGUAUGAUAUUCUGCUUGCGGCUACUGAGUAG